AUGGCGAAAUAUAUUUCGAGGCAACCAGAAAUGCUGAAUAGGCUUUAUGAAGAAGGCAGAUCGAACAAGGAAUACAGAACCGAGUUCGAUGAGGUCAGAUAUGAGAGGGCGAUUGCGCGUUUGCCUCAGCAAGAGAGACUCGAGGCAAUUGAGCGCAUCGUCUACAAAAGACUAUUCGGUGAAACGUCCACGGAUAAGGAAGACGAUGCCAAAAACGCAAAGUCUGCGGCAGAGCCCAAGAAAGAAGAGGCUUCCGAAUCCAACGACGGUCGAACUAGCGAAAAAUCAGUGGUUGCCGGCAUCAGCUAUAGAGAUCAAGCCGCAAAAACUCCUCCUCCCGAAGAGAGUAAAUUGACGGAAAGACAGAAGUGGGUUAAUGCGAGGCAUGAAGCAUACAAAGCCAGGUAUAAUCCUAUCGCUUGGCAUAGAAUGGAAGAGAAUUAUAAAAAGAAUCUUCCAAUUAUAACCAAACGAGACGCCAUAUUGGACAAGCGAUAUAUCGAACUACUGCCAAUGAGACCCGGCGGUAAGAUACAUCAAUUCUCGAUAUACGCUCCACCUACUUGGAACUGCAAGAAUUACUGGUCUGUUGAGAAUAAUGUACAGAUCAAAAAGCCGGAAUUAGUAGAUUGGGAUAUAUUUGAGAAGGAUUCUGUAAAGGGAUUGGAGUUGUUUAUUAGAUAUAAGAAAUUUGUUGAGUUCUGGAUUUGGAUCUUUAUAGGUAUAGGUUAUGUAACAGAUCGGGUUCUAUUGAUUAUUUGUCUUGAAUAG